AUGAAGCGUACGUUCUUCUACGAUAGCAGCCCCGUUGCCCAGGAAUUCUACAAACGUAGUGCGCAUCUCAUAUUCGAGAAAGAGGCGGGUGAAUCAAGAGUCGAGGUGCGCUGUAGGUCUUCAAUAGAUUUCAACAGAUAUCGGAGAAACAAGGGAAUCAAAGAUCUCUCAGGGCGUAUCCCGCUCGCGGUACCUAUCGAGCAACAUGUAUCGCCUGACACUACUUGUGGAGCACCGUCGACUGGCAAUGAACUAGACAUCUCUAGUCGAAUUACUUGUAGCAGUACUCCUACGCUAGAACAAGGCCGACAACUAUGCCCGCCAACAUACGUCCACCCGCUCGUAAUGGCUAGCGUCGAUCUGGAUCUCACCAAGAUUCAGGAAUUCGUUCAGGCAAGUUCAUGUUCAGAAGUGGGAACGCCGCUAAGAGAUGCGUCCAGGAAACAAGUAGAGACUUCAGAUUAUUUGCGGCAGAGGAACUCCUUUAGCCGUGUUCGGCUAACCGAAGAGCUCUUCCGGGACCUACUUUUUGCGUGUGGGGUCUUUCCAAGAUUCGAUGAGUACAUGAUAGGGUUCGGUGUCAAGAACAGCGAAAUGGAGAUAGGUCCGCCGUCAAUGAAAGUCAGAUGGGAGCUGGGCUCUCGUGAUAGUUGGUGUGACAAAUUCGAAUGCGCAUAUAUCCUACGUUAUAUUGAGUUCACGAAUCGGCAUGGCAAGUGGCCGUGGUCUCUGCGACAGUACGCCGUAUACCACAAGUUCAGGCCUUCUCUCCAGGACUGGUGUUCCACUUGGAUACUUGUCGGCGCUUCGCAGAGAACCGAAGGCUGUAUUGAUAAAUAUGCGCAGCAGUAUGUUGAUGAGCUGAGAGCAUCGAACCCUUUGGAGCUUCACGCCAUGUUUCUCGAAGGCGCCGUUGCGUCCUGGAGACCCUACCUCGUCGACCUUCUUGCGCACGUGACCGAUCUGUCAGACCAUGCCGUUGCCAUGAUGAUUGGCGAGCAAGACCAUCCGUCAAACUUCGUCUCUGUUGAUGUGGACGACUAUCAAACCCUGACCGAGAUGGGCGACCAUACUUCCGAUGUGAUUAUGUGUCUGGACUCCACAUUGGACACCAUCUCCACACUGAUCGACGUGAGCGAUCGCUUCAGCAAGCUGUCAAAAGGCACUCCAUCUUCGACCGAGCCACGCGACUAUUCGACCACGAGCUCGGAUGCUUUGAAGGCGCAGCAGAGAGACGUCAUGUACUUGCGCAAGAGUGCUGAAGCAUUAAUGUCGAAAGUGAACAGCACGAGAUCGUUGAUAUCUUCGCUAAUCGAACUUCAAACCGCGUACAACUUGGAUAAGCAAAUGACCGCCCUUCAAAAUCUUGAACGACAAGCGCAAGACGAGAACGCGAUAAUGCGAGAGCUGGCCGAGAAAAGCAGCCGGGAAACUUCCAGCGUGAGGAUUCUCACCAUCAUUAUGCUGAUAUAUCUCCCAUGCACCGUGGUAUCAAGCUUCUAUUCGACACAGUUCGUCAACCAGAAAGAGACUGACUCCGGUGGUGUGGAUAUAAUAUAUGCGCAAAAUUACUGGCUUUUCUUUGCCGUCUCUAUUCCUCUCACCAUCGUUACUCUCCUAAUUUGGUACGUUUGGGUCAACUUCAGGAGAAUGUGGCGCGCUUGCGUCUUGAAGAGGGAUCACGAGGAAGGGUUUAGCCAGCGUGUGAAGUUGCUGGAUAUGAAGAAGCAAUUGCUUGGUCUGCCACGCUGAAGGGUUGUGAGCAUGGAGAGGCCAUUCAGGAGGAAGCAGU